UUUCCCAGGCCUAGGUGCACAAGGAAUUCAGUUCCCUGGAGAGAGAGCUCGCCGCCUGCCCGGGGAGGGGGCCGCACGCAUGCCAGCAGGGCUGCAGCCCCCCUGCCCCGAGCCAUGCGGUGACGCGGGCACAGCCCCCAGCAGCCAUGGCCCAGUCGCGGGCCAACGGGUCCCACUACGCCCUGACGGCCAUCGGGCUGGGCAUGCUGGUGCUCGGCAUCAUCAUGGCCGUGUGGAACCUCGUGCCCGGCUUCGGCCCCCCCGACAAACCCGGCAGCCACGCCGGCAACAGCAGCAAGCCCGACCGCGGCUCCGGCGGCAUCCUGAAGAGCAAAACCUUCUCGGUGGCCUACGUGCUGGUGGGGGCGGGCGUGCUGCUGCUCCUGCUCUCCCUCUGCCUCAACGUGCGCGACAAGAAGAGGCAGAGCGAGGACCUCGCCAUCGCUCACGUGCAGCGCCAGGUGUCUGCGGAGCCCUCGCAGCAGGAGGACAGUCAAGAAGAGGAUGAAGACGUCUCUUCGCAAUAUUAUGUGCCCAGCUACGAGGAGGUGAUGAACACGGGCUACUCUGAGCCCAGAGACUCGGACAGGAGCAACAGGCUCAGCGUGUCCCUGCCCUCCUACGAGUCCUUGGCAGGGCUGGAGGAGGGCAGCGCGGCGCCGGGAGCGGCGGGCGGGGAGCCCGGCCCGGAGAGGCCGCCCAGCCGGCACAGCUCCCGCCUCAGCAAGCGCCUCAAGCCCCUCAAGGUCCGCAGGAUCAAGUCAGAGAAGCUGCACCUGAAGGACAUCAGGCUAAACCUGGCGCAGGGCAACAGCAGCGUCCCCAUCACGAUAGAGCCCCUCACCCCUCCGCCCAAGUACGAGGAGAUCCAGGAGAAAAUGCCAGUGAGCCAGCAAAUGCCUUAAAAAAAAAACAAAACAAACAAAAAAAAAAAAGAGGAAUCUGUGAUGCUGCUUGGUUGAGGGUUUUCUAAAACCCACCGUGGCAAGAGGGGGUUGGUGUGGGGGUGCAGAAGCAGCCAGGGCUCCCUGGAAGCUGCCACAUGGAGGAUGCGCUGUGGCACAAGGAUGGGACUCAUUUUCCCUGGGACUGGGUUUUACAAAAGACUGUGGGGAAAGAAACCUGAACACCAGAAGUUCUGCUGCUGUGAAGUAAAUGAAGGCUGGGCACGCCAGAAGUGUCACUUAUGGUGUUUGAUAUGAGACCACCCAGUGCAUCCUCUCAUCUCCUCUCCCCCUCUCUUCCAGCAAGACUUUUCCAAGCCACCAAACUGAUGUUGCAGAAGGAUUUUCCAAGUGGAAAAGUGAAAUGUUCCUUUUUUCGGGUGUCUUUUCUUUCUGAGGAAGGGGAAGUGCAUUGCCAGAGAAGCACCACGGCUUUCCCUGGCUCCCAACUGUGCUGGGCUGGUGGCCCAGAGCCAGCCCUGACUCCUGCCAAGGUCUCUGCUGGCUGGUGGGAAGCAGCUGAAAGGGACCUUUCCUGCUCCUCAGGGAGAGGAUGGAUUUUGUGCCUCUGCUGCUUUCCCUGUUGUGUUUUGAGCUCCAUUUGAGGCAAGUGGGUGACUCUGGGGUGAAACCACUGUUGAGCAUCCUGUGCAGGCAGACUGGUCUGAAUAAACAUUUUGUAUGUUGUG